AUGCCACUGGACCAACAGGACACUCUUCAAGCAAUGUUCACACGACGCAGCUGGCCAUGCAGCGAGCACACGCGGUUCUGGGUGUCGCGCCCGAAGAGGCCGAGCAACUGUGAGUGCACUACCAAAAAAGGACUGGAAAGACAGAGAAACAGGCACCUGAUUGAUACUUCUCCCAGCACGAUGAUUUACUUCGAUAAUAUGAUGACCAUAAGUUUGUUUCACCAGCCCAGCUUCCCGGAGAAGUUGGCGCGAAUCACGUCUCCUACUCAGUUGGCGGCUCUGCUGGCUGCCAUGUUCGCCUUCGCUGUGCGGUUUCGUCCAGAAGAGAUGGACGUCAAUAGGCGAGCCGCCUGGUUUCUGAAUGUAGCUCUGCAACAGAUUGACGUGGCUCUAGACGAGUGCGGCGAUGAGACCCCACCACUGUGCUUGCUCCAGGCAUAUGUCCUGGCAGCCCACUGCCAGUUAACCCAGGGGGUACUUGGCCGGGCGUGGCGCACUCUCGGCUCGUGCGUUCGGCUGGCGUAUGAGAUGAACUUGCAUUUAGUGGAUGUUCAGGGGCCCAGGAAUGCUGCCGCUGCCGUGGAUAUUGCCAGAUGGUGUAGUGACGAGGAGCAGCGUCGUGCCUGGUGGGCGAUCUGGGAAAUGGACGUCUUUGCCACCACCAUUCGACGCACGCCCACUGCAAUGGACUGGUCGCAAAUUGAGAUCCUGCUGCCCGUGGAUGACGAGCAUUGGUUCCAGUGCCAGCUGCAAGAGAGCUGCUUCUUCGAACCGGAUCCGAUACGCCGGUGGAAGAUGCUCGAGAGCUGCGGAAACCAGUCGCCCAAGGCCUGGUUCAUCGUCAUCAACUCGUUAAUGAAAGAGGCGCAGCGGAUCUCAAGCCCUAGAGGGAUCCCCAGUCGGUCGCAGUCGGACCAGGUUGACGAAGCCCACCACCAGCUAGAGAUCAUCGCCAAUGCAAUCCGGUGCUUUCAGCUGGCGCUGCCCAAUCAUCUUAAAUACAAAAACCAAGAUCUAAUGUUCGACGUGCGCGGCGCCAGACGGCUGAGCAGCGCCGUCUACAAUAUCAACAUGAUGACCCACCUCGCCAGGCUAAUGGUCUACCGUUACGAUGUCUUCAAAGGCCGGGUCCGGGUCUCACUCCUGAGUUGUGAUGACCAGCAUAAUCAUGAUAGGAGCAGCAGCAUGAGGGAAGGCGAGCAUGCAGCCAUCAGGGAAUAUUUUGAUGCGGCAGACAAAAUUCUGACCAUCAUCCAGCGCAGCAGUGCCGACCACAUUCAGUACACCAUGCCCUUCCUCUCGAGCACGAUCUGGCUGGCAUCUGCCGUACAACUGAUGCGUAGCCAGCUUUGUCGCCCCGGAACGCUCAAAAAUGUGUCGGCUUCUGGGACAUGCAUCCGGCCGUUCAGCAGAGCUUAG